GGGGAGCGGAGAGUCAGAUUCACUGAUUCACUGAUUCACUGAUUCGAGGAAUCGGCUCGUUUUCAGUGCGUUGUGCUGAUCUCAGGACUGGGGGAAGUUUGUUUUGGGUCGAUUAGACUCCGUAGACGAGCUUUUAGCCAGAUAAUUACCGUCUUAAUCGGGCUGUAGUGUGUUUUAACUCUUAUCUUAAUUUAUUUGAGUUGAUUUGCUGCAGUUGUUUAGAGUUUAUAGCGUUUUAAAGCAGAUAAAAUGCUCAGUAAAUGUGUUUUCUCGGCCCCGCUGCUGCUGGCGCUGCUGGUCUGGAGGCUGGGUGAAGUCGCUGAAGCCUGCAGCUGCUCUCCAACACAUCCCCAGCAGGCUUACUGCACCACGGAUAUCGCUAUCAGAGCUAAAGUGAUUGGACAGAAAGAAGUUGUCGCUGGAAAUGACAACUAUGGCAACCCAAUCAGGAAGAUCCAGUAUGACAUUAAACAGAUGAAGAUGUUUAAAGGUCCUCAGCAGGAGAUUAAAGCCAUCUUCACUGCUCCCAUCUCUCCUGUGUGUGGGGUGAGCCUGGAGCGCGAGAAGGAAUACCUGAUCACAGGUAAGCUGGAGUCUGAUGGCUCGGUGCACAUAACUCUGUGUGAUUUCAUCGAGCCGUGGGUGUCCCUGACCGUCGCUCAGAAAAGAGGCUUCGAGACUCGCUACGAGACGGGCUGCGACUGCAGGAUCGUUCGCUGUGCCUCUGUUCCCUGUGCGGUUAAUGAUCCAGUAGAGUGUCUAUGGACGGACUGGAUCACGGAGAGCACUGUGGCGGGUCCCCAGACUCAGCACUACACCUGCAUAAAGAGGAACGAUAACUCCUGCGCCUGGUACCGCGGCGCCGCCCCGCCCAAGACCGAUUUCAUGGACAUCGAGGAUCCGUAAACCUGCAGACAGCAGCACACUCCAGAGCUCGCUUUAGAAAGGCCUCUAAACACUGCUACGGACCCUUUAACAUAAUCCUGCCCUUCUUCACCUGUAUUUAGUACUUUUACACCACAGUUCCUGUUACAUAACACGAGAUGAAAGGAUAUGGCAGAGGUGAAGUUCUCGGACUUUCUUAAGCACUUUGAGUCCCCAGUAGCACCUGGCUGUGACCUUACGCUGUAGAGAAAAUACAUUUUUAAAAAAAGCUAGUACCACUUUUAGCGUUUUUCUAUUUUUUAUAUUUGGGAGGUAAUUAAAUCACAGCAAGCAUGAAAAAUUGCUAAUAGUUAUUUUAUCUAAUCCAUGCUAAAUGCUUUUAAGAUGAUAAUGAUUAGAUAAAUGCUCUAUUCGGGAGGUGGAGUUAUGUAAUGUAAAGUAAUGUUACUAUAGGACGCCUUUAAAAUUUAUGACAAUAAUGCAAUCUGGUGAUAUGCUAGUUUAUGUAUGUUGUAAUAUAUAUAUACAAACAUUUCUAAUUUAUAUCUAAACAUUCCAUUAUCUUGUUUUUUCACACAAUAAAAAUAGAAUACCCUUUUUCCCCAUUCCUAUUUUUACAUUUUUCUAUAAUUUUGUGUUUUUAUUGUUAAGAGUUAAACCAGAGUUGAGGCGAUUAAUGUUUAUAAUUUCCAGUAUUCCUCCAGUCUUUCAGUCCGAUAAUCUUCAACAUUCAACAUUCAAACGUCAAUUGUGUGGAAAAGGUUGUGAAGCCUAUGUUUAAUGUAGUCAUUUUGUAUAUCAUGGUAUUGUUUUUUUAGUAUUUUUUAUUUCUAUGCUCCUGUACUGUGUUUGUUUUUCAAAUGUUUGAAUGUUUUUUUUUUUGUUUUUCUUUUUUUAGUAUCACAAAAAUAAAUAAGUGUGAGAUUUCCGGUGCUGGAACCACUUGGGAAGACUUUGAGAGCUAACCUGUGCAUGCCUUUCAUAAUUCUGUAUUAUUCAUGUUGGUUUAACAGUUUUAAAUAAAGGAAAAGAAAAGCA